AAAGUACAAACUUGGAAAUUCAAUCGAACUACAAAAGUGUGUCCAGUCUCUGAAGGCUCGAAAGAAUGGCAAUACCGGUGGCGGUGGCGGCGGCGGCGGCGGAAGUAGAAAGAGAGAAGAUGGAGUCGAGUAAGAAAGAGGAGAUGGCGCCAUGGGAGCAACACUCGACUGUAAUCAGCAUACCUCGCUUCGACUACAACGCCCCUUCUUCUCUUCUCCAACGCUCCCACUCCGGCUUCCUCAUUACCUGCCCCAUCAAGAGGGAGAAAAGCGCCACAAAAGAAGCAAUUUCCCUCCUUGCAAAGUAUGUUCAGUGCUUUAAUAGUUGCAGCUCAGAAGACAAUACCAGUUCGAAAAGAAGGAAGCUUUCGAAGGAGGAUAUUGAUGGCGAGUGCUGCAAUGGCAGUGGGGAAACCAAGGAUACUGCUACUGCUAACUCUGAGGAGGCUCAUGAUGAUCUUCAGGAGCGUACUCCUCGUUUGUCUCCUGCAAAGGUGGAUGCGGAAGGAGAUGCAAAUCCCCUUCUUUCGCUGGUUAAGUUGACAAAGAGUGGUCUGCUUCUCUUUACUUUUUGCAGAAACACUUCUCCUGACGUUGUAGAUACUGUAUCGAAAAUUAUUCAGGCUGUGGAAUCCAAGAGUGUUGGUUCACCCCUUUGGUGUAAUCGCAUUUUCCCUAUCCAAGCUACUUGUAGUUUGAAAGAGAAGGAACUGCAUGAAGUUGUAUCAAGGCUUGUUCUUCAAUUCGUGAACGAUAAUCAGAAGCUUGUGCGGCCCAUAAAGUUUGCAAUUGCAUAUAAUAGAAGAGGGAUAGAGACAGAACUGAAUAUUCCCAAAGAAUCUUCAAAUGCAACUGAUAUGCUGGACCGUGACAAAUGCUUUGCCGCAGUGGCUACUGCUGUCAAGGGUGUUGUAUCAGAUUCAGUGGUGGACCUCAAAUCUCCGGAACUCUGCGUUCUUCUUGAGCUACUUCCCCUUUCUGGUGUACCCAAAGAGUCGUUAGUGGUUGCUGUAUCAGUUCUUCCUCGACACAUUGUUAAUGCAAAGCCGAAACUAAGCAUCAAGGCACUGGUUUCCGAUACAAAAUUGAAGGGGAAAAGCAAUAAGAAGGAUUAAACAGUUUCAUGAGAUCCAACAAUACCCUGCGGACGGAGUUGUAAAGUUUUCUGAUAGUGAUGAUGAAAAUGAGAGGUCUGUAGCUGGUGUUAGAUAUGUUACAAAAUUCGAUCCAACUGAUUCAGCUGUUUGUUGUACCCUAACAGUCACCUCAGUUUUGUGUUUCGCUUUUCUGUGGCAGAGGUCUUUCUUUUCUUCAUUCGUCAUGUAUUCGUUCUUGUUUUUGAGUUUUAAAGGAUCCGUCUUAAUUCAUAUUUUGCAGACGUUGGUAUUUAUUCAUAUUGGCUAUUCGGUAGA